UUGUGCAGCGGCGAAGUUCAGCGGCGGGAGCUAGCUAGGGGUGGAUGUCGACGCUUGCUAGUCAGAGCGUUUCGCUUCACGCUACGCCCGUGGGCGGGCGUGAGAGGCCGCAAGGGUCUUACGUAAGCGCGGAGACACUCACGAAUGAGGCGAACUUCUCCGGAGAGACCCAGCAGUGGCAUGUCAUCGGCUCGGCAGGGGCUACGGCGAGGGAAACAGAUGACCCCUCCUCGAGGAGCCUCUGCGCGCUGCCCUUCGCGUGCCCUUUGACCGUGACGGCCAAGCAAGGGGGCAUGGUCAAGAUCAUCUCCCCAGUCGAGGGCUGGGUGCCGGUGGCAGAUGACGUGGGCUACGUUCUCCUCGCCAAAGGGGACGGCUCCGCGGGUGCGAGGUGGCGCUACCGAGUGGUCUGCCGAGACGGAGCGUUCGUGAGGCACGGGAUUGAGCUCACCAGCCCGUUUUUGUUCAACCUCCCGUGGCACUCUGUUGUAGAGGUCCUCGAGCGACGCAUCAACGACGCCGGUCUCCCGCGGCUGAAGAUAGCGGAGGGGUGGAUUAGCGAGGUCCUUAAUCCCCUCUCGGGCCAACGGGGGCCCGUGGUUGAGAUCGUCAAGCUCCUCCAGCCCCUACAGUAUCGGGUAGUGCUACCCGAUGGUGCCGUCGUUAGGAGAACGGUCGAGCUGGCGUCGAGCCAGGUGAAGACGAUCGCGGCGGGGGAGCUGGUGCAGGUGUCCGCGAAGAAGUUCAGCGACCUCGGGAAUCGCUGCGUGCAGCGGCUCAAGCUAGCGGACGGGGGUGCCGCGGCAGUAGAGGGCGACACGAACGACGACGACGACCAGAAAGCGGACCUUUUUAAGAUCAAGCACUCCGAUUCGCUCGGGGAGGAUGACAACUGCGUCGUCUGCCUGUCGGGCCCGCGAACGGCGACGAUCGUUCACGGAGAGAUCGGGCACAUCGCGUGUUGCCUGGAAUGCGCCAGAAUACUCAAGGCACGAGGGGAUGCCUGCCCGGUGUGCCGUGCCCCCAUCGACAGCGUCGUGCAGCACUUCUGGGCAUGAACCGAAAACACAACAAAUGGAGAAGGCAUUCCUCGUUUUCGGCAUGUAGUACAAGAGUUGAAUCAGAAAAAACCCCAGCAGGAACUGCGACAUGUAUAUGUUCUGUGCUGUCUGGGGAGGGAGGUUAUAUGCUGCUGCGACUGACUGCCCUUUUGGGGGGGGAGUCGUGGAACCAAUGCACACGAUUUUAUUGAAUUGCAAGAGGAGACGGGACACGCCCCCUGGAAUAGUCUAGUCUCCUCAGCGAGAGAAAAAACAAGAAAGAGAAGGAAGUUGCACGGAAAGAGAAGAGGGGCAAGCGUAAGGCGGGGUCAACAAGUAGGGUCGACUUGGGGGCGAGAAUGGCGUCCUGCGGCAGUGGACCUGGAGCGGGCCGACAUCAGGAGCACAACUAACUAAGCCGCUCCGUUAGAAAGAUUGUGCUAAUGGAAACGCAUGCCGCAGUCGUUAGAAAGAUUGUGCCUCUCUCAUGGUCCUCUUUUUUUGGGAGCUGAUGACUUACUAAUGAUGCGUGUCAUUUGCAUGAACCAGUGUGGUCUUACGUCUACGUUGGCUGUCUUGAUCCCUUGCUCUGUUUUUUUUUUUAUAUACUGGUAUGUUUGUUUUGACGAGUUGUCCUGCGCGACCUUGUGUAGGCUUGAGCUGCGAUUGGAGGGGUCCGACAGAAACUGUUCAAGACUGGCGAUGGCGUUGUUGCUCUCUCUCUCUCUCUCUGUUGAGUAAAAAAGAAAGCCGCGGCGCCGAAGCUUUGUAAAAAAUAAACAAUAAACAUGUGGCCGACAUACGUACUGGCCCGCGUCCGUAAACAUGGAGCGGACGUGUUCGUGUGAUUUGCUGCACUUCAGUCGUAGAUGUUGGCCUCACCAGGUGUUGAUGUUUAUAGACUCGAUGAUGAUUGUGGCAUGCGGAGAGAGAGAAGGGUUUUGACAGGUGAUGCAGGCAUGCCGAGUCCCUGGGGUCUCCCUUACCCCCACCCAUCCCUUACGGGGUUGGUUUGUUUUCGCUUUGUUUGUUUUUUUCGUUUUUCGGUGCAUGCGACUGGACGUUCUCGCCCCACAUCAACCAACGGGGGAUGGUGGAUCGAUCUCGGGAAUGUGGUGGGUGAGGUGUGGUAGUUGCUGUGGGGCUGGUGCCCCCGAUUUUGUCGUUUUGUGUUUUAUCGAAUCGCGAACCCUUUCCAAGCGCGAUUUGA